AUGGCGGGUGUAUCUCUGAAGUGUGGGGACUGUGGAACGUUGUUGAAAUCUGUAGAAGAAGCACAAGAACACGCCGAUCUCACCACCCACAUCAACUUUAUGGAGUCCACUGAGGCCGUUCUCAACCUCGUUUGCGUUGCUUGUGGCAAACCGUGCCGCUCCAAAAUCGAGAGUGAUUUGCAUACGAAAAGGACUGGGCAUACUGAGUUCAUGGACAAGACGGCCGAGGCGGUGAAGCCUAUAACCUUGGAAGUAUCAAAAACUCCGAAGGGCGACGAUGUGGAUAUGGAAGAGGCUGCUGAGGGAAGUGGUAGUGGCCAAAAAGAAGUCUGGAGAGUGGAAUGUCAUUGGAUUCUGACUCAUGGAUUAUCAGUCAUUAUAGCUGUGGCUUAG